CCCAUCUCUAGACAUUCAACACGCGCUUGAUUUUGUAAAUAAACUUAGAUUUUUAAGUAAAACAUGAGUUUUUUAAAACCCAAGAGCCACAUAGAGAAAGGCGAUGUAGUGAUACUGUACUUAAGUGUUAGUUCAAUGCAUGCCAUUGAAGCGGUUCCGGAAAUUAUUAAUAAAAAGGGCGAAACGAUACCGCACAUAUUCCAGACAAAUUAUGGCUCUUUAAAAGUUGAAAAUAUUAUAGGCGUAGAGUAUGGAAGUCGGGUGGAGCUCUCCAAGGGUUGGGCCCAUGUCCUACAACCCACACCUGAGCUAUGGACCCAAACUCUGCCACAUCGCACGCAGAUUAUAUAUACCCCCGAUAUCAGUAUGAUAAUCCAUCAAUUAGAAGUACGACCCGGUGCGGUGGUCAUUGAAUCGGGUACAGGAUCAGGAUCUCUUUCGCACUACUUUCUAAGAGCACUGAAACCCACUGGACACCUGCACACCUUCGAUUUCCACGAAGCUCGAGCGGAUCAGGCACGCGACGAGUUUCGUCGACAUGGAAUUGCCGACUUCGUCACCGUCUAUCACCGAGAUGUUUGCAAUAAAGGCUUCGGUGAGGAACUGGAUGGAAAAGCCGAUGCGGUCUUCUUGGAUCUGCCCGCACCCGAUCUCGCUGUGCCGCACGCCUUCAAGGCGUUGAAACUGUCCGGUGGUCGUUUUUGUUCGUUUUCGCCCUGUAUUGAGCAAUCGCAGCGCUGUAUCCAGCAGCUGACCAAGCUGGGCUUUAACGAGAUUGUCUCCUUGGAGGUGUUGCAGCAAGAGAACGUGGUCAAGACCCGCACGCUACCCGUCAUCGAUCUGGAGUUCCUUAAAUUGCCCAAAAUCGAUGAGACGACGACGGCAGCAAAUGCCGAAGAAAGCAAAGCGCCCAAGGAGGUGAAGAAAUAUCUGACCUCUAGUAAUCCCCAAACGCUACCCGGUCACACGGGAUUCCUCACCUUCGCCACUUUACCACCGAAUAUACCCAAAGCAUGAUGAAUAAAGUUGCAUUUAUUUUUAUUUGACCUACAA